AUGGACAGCAAAAAACACGAGUCCUCGAUUUUUAAAUCGCGAGGAAACCGCGUUCUGAAACGCAAACCUAUCACGCUCGCUGCCAAGUGGAACACCCAUCUGCUGCGUGGGCUUGAAGCAAAAUUGAAGGAGGAUCCUGAAGCAAACCUUGAGGCCCUACUGCCAGUGAACUAUACCACCACACUGCAGUCAUACAAAAAAGUUGUCCAGCGCCCAAAUACAGUUUUUCAGGAGGACGACAUACGCUCGCAUAUCUCUCUGACCCCAUUUGAAAUCACCUUCAAGCUGUCGGCAAACAUGAAUGAUUUGCUUCGCGACUCUGACCUCCCUCGCGCUAUCACGAAGCUGCUAGAUGGAGGUGAACUCAUUUAUCAGGGGGCAGGGGCAGCCUCUGCAGUCUUCCGAGUGAGCCAGGACAUUGUUGUCAAAAUCACCAAUGAAGAGUCAGCAUCGACCGAUCUCGGGUCGCUGCUAUUCCUCCAGGAACAUCUGCCUGCAUUCCCUGCCCCACGACCUCACGGGUUGAUUCGGACCGGAAAGUUCUGUCUCCUCUUUACGACUUUCGUGCCAGGUCUUGAUCUAGAGAGAGCUUGGCCGCGUCUAGACGACACACAUAAGAAGUCUAUCGGUGUCCAGCUCGACAGACUAUUUACUCAGCUAAGGUCACUAUCAAAACCAAGCGAUAUGCCGUUAGGUGGCGUCCAAGGGGAGGGAUGCAAGGAUGCCAGACGAGGGCUUCGUUUCAACAAGGAGCCCAUUAGGGACGCCGAGCAAUUCCAGGACUUCAUUUUUUCCGGGUCAACGUCGGCUUCCCCAGUGUACACUCAGCUCCUUCGAAGCCUUGCUCUAGCGUCGCCAAGAUGUGUCAUGACCCAUGGAGACAUCCGCCCGGCAAACAUUAUGGUAGAGCAACGAGAGCACGGAACUUGGGAGGUGGUUUCCAUUAUAGAUUGGGAAACUAGCGGCUUCUACCCUGAAGACAACGACGAUUGGUAUGCAUACUUGCCUGACAGCUUGUCUCCACAGCAAUAUGCAAAUCAAUGUAUUACUCUCUUUUACUAUACAUAG